AUGAGGGCAGCUAUCUCUCCAGAAAAGCGAGUGGGCAUCACCAUCUGGUUUCUCUCCACAACAGGGGGCUAUGCAGAAGAAGUCAGCAGCCCGUUCAGCUUGGGACAUUCCACCAUGGCGGAAAUUGUGGCAGAGGUGUGUUGGGCGAUCGGCAAUGUUCUGCUGACAGCUACAAUAAAUCUCCGCGCCGUUGGACAGGUGAUUGAGGGUUUCACAGCGCUGCAGUACCCCCACUGUGUGGCUGCCCUGGAUGGAUGCCAUAUCCCGGUGCAGGCCCCCCCUGGCUACGAGGGGAGAUACAGGAACCAGAGAGGUUUCCACUCGAUCAUCCUACAAGCUGCGGCGGACCACGAGGGCCGAUUCAUUGAUGUCAAUAAUGGCAUGCAGAUCAUUGAAGUACGGACAGGUCCUCCGGACAUUGCUUGGUGUGCUAUUGUAUGCCAGGGCUGCACACCUGAGAACAUUUACAAAGAUGUGCAUCCCAUUGAAUUAAACUUCCAUGAAAUCAAUGAGACUUACAUCAGAGAUUAUUCCAUUUCUUCCUUUUCUCGUCAGUCACAGUAUGUCCCUACUUCCUCUUUCAGCGAUGACAGCUCCAGCCGCAUCACCCCCCCCCAUGCCCUCACUUCCUCCCAGGGGUCGCAGCAGAGCCACUUCGGGAAACCCCUGGCGGAGUGGGCGCUUUCUACAGGAGCCAGCAUCCUGGGCAGCUCGUACCCGGACUACAAGAAUGCCGGCAUGGGGGGCGGCGGGGGGCCCGCCUCGGGCAGGUACCACCUUUCCACCUGCUCGGAUCUGUCGCUGAGCUCCCGCGGGAGCCAGCCGGGCUCCCACCUGCAUCACCCAGUGGGGGGCGGCAGCGGCGGGGCCAAGAGCUCGGCCACGGUGAGCCGCAACCUGAACCGCUUCUCCACCUUCGUCAAGUCAGGAGGAGAGGCCUUCGUGCUGGGCGAGGCGUCGGGCUUCGUGAAGGACGGCAACAAGCUGUGCGUGGUGCUGGGCCCCCACGGGCCCGAGUGGCAGGAGAACCCCUACCCUUUCCAGUGCUCCAUCGAAGACCCCACCAAGCAGACCAAAUUCAAGGGCAUGAAGAGCUACAUUGCCUACAAGUUGGUGCCCAGCCACACUGGGCAGCAGGUGCACCGGCACUACAAGCACUUUGACUGGCUCUACGGGCGCCUGGUGGAGAAAUUCCCUGUCAUCUCGGUGCCCCACUUGCCUGAGAAGCAGGCCACCGGACGCUUCGAGGAGGACUUCAUCUCCAAGCGGCGGAAGGGCCUGGCCUGGUGGAUGGACCAUAUGUGUAGCCAUCCGGUGUUGGCCCAGUGUGAUGCUUUCCAACACUUCCUCACCUGCCCCAGCAUGGAUGAGAAGGCCUGGAAGCAGGGCAAACGUAAAGCGGAGAAGGACGAGAUGGUGGGACUGCACGCGAGUGCCGGGACUUGUUGGGACUGGCUCUUCUGA